UUGUUUUUACGUGUUUACUAAUUAUUCUUUUUAAAGAACAAAAUUUUUAUCCAAUUAAUUAUAAGAUCAAUAGAAAUGAUUCUGGAAUAUUUAUUUAAGUUUCAUUUUGACGACUGCCUAAAUAUUUUAUCAGGAACAGAUAACUUGGAAUAUUAUAGUAUUAAAAUAGAUUUUUUAAAACUCUUUGAAACUUAUCCCGAUGUUGGUGACAAAGUAUUAUGCAGUCCUGUAGAAAGCUUACCGGUUUGUAGACAAGAUAUAAUCAAGGCACAACAAAAUAUUCUUGAAGAAGAAGAAUAUAAAACAAUAAUCAAUAAAUUAAAUUACAAAUUUGUGAAGAAAAAUGUUCACGCUAGGUUUUUCGGUUUACCAGUUUGUCCUGAACUACACAGGACAGUUUUUCCCAAAAAUGUGGAUUUGGGAUGUUUUCUAAAAGUUACAGGUACAGUGGUGAGGGUAACACAAUCUAAAAUGCUUGAAUAUCAAAGAAAAUAUAUUUGUAUGAAGUGUAAGUUUGAAAAUAAUGUAGAAGCCGAGUUUGAGUAUAGAUACAUAUUAAAGGCUCCGUUAAAGUGUGGUAAUACAGAUUCCAGAUGUAGAUGUGCUACAUUUACACAGGUUCAUCUAGUUUCAAGAGAGCAUUGCAAGGAUUAUCAGGAAAUAAAGAUACAGGAACAGGUUAAUAAACUAAAUAUUGGUACUAUACCAGGUUCCAUGUGGGUAGUUUUAGAAGAUGACCUUGUGGAUUCUUGUAAACCAGGUGAUGAUGUUAAUAUAUGUGGAAUAGUACGUCGCCGAUGGAGGCCAACAGUCCAAACAAAGAAGGCUGAAGUAGAAUUGGUCCUGCAAGCAAACUUUGUUGAAGUAUGCAACUCGCAGAGAUCUGAGGUGGUGGCUACUGCUCCAGAUAUUAAAGAGUGCUUCAAUGACUUUUGGUCUAAAUUUGAAGCCUGCCCAUUAAAAGGUCGAGACCAGAUUUUAGCCUCUGUGUGUCCACAGGUGUAUGGAUUACAUCUAGUAAAGCUCGCAGUACUUCUCACAGUGAUUACUGGUUCAAAUCACAUUACUGAGUGUGAAGAAGAGAAGAAAAUUUCACAAGAUGAAAAGCAUAGUACAAGAGUUCGAGGACAAUGUCACUUGUUAUUAGUAGGGGAUCCAGGUACGGGCAAAUCGCAGUUACUUCGUGCGAGUGCGGAGUUGACUGCGCGUUCAGUAUUCACAUCUGGCGCUGGCAGCACGCGUGCUGGUCUCACCUGUGCCGCUCUCAGGGAAGAUGGUGAGUGGCAGCUUGAAGCUGGCGCGUUGGUGUUGUCAGAUGGCGGCGUUUGCUGUAUUGAUGAGAUAUCACAACUUCGAGAGCAUGACCGAACUGCCAUACACGAGGCCAUGGAACAACAGACUAUAUCUAUUGCGAAGGCUGGCAUAGUGUGUAAGCUGAAUACGCGAUGCGCCGUCAUAGCUGCCUGCAAUCCUAAAGGUCAUUAUGAGACUGACCAACCACUCAGUGUCAAUGUUUCAUUGGGCACUCCACUCUUGAGUAGGUUUGAUUUAAUAUUUAUAUUACUGGACUCUAAAAAUAAAUCAUGGGAUAAGCUUGUUUCGUCGUAUAUUUUGUUUGGUGGUUCUGGUGCAAUGGAUAAAAAAAGAUGGAAUAUAGAAAAAUUGCAGAUGUAUAUAAGUUUGAUAGGACCAAAAUAUGCAGAAAUGACACAUUCAGCCAAUAUUAUACUUCAGUCGUAUUACAUGAUGCAGCGAAAAUCGGAAAAUAGGGAUCCGUCUCGUACAACAGUUAGAAUGUUGGACAGUCUUGUCAGAUUAUCUCAAGCUCAUUGUCGAUUAAUGUAUCGUUCAACUAUACUACCCAUGGAUGCAAUUACAGCAGUAUCUCUUGUAGAUUUGUCUAUGCAAGAUUGCACUUUGAAUGAUACAGUAGAUGCUUUACAUACAACAAUCCCAAAAUAUUCAGAUUUUGAAUACUUACGUACAGCAAAGAAACUCCUUACUAGCCUCAAUUUACUAGAUAUAUGGAGAAACGAAUUAUUAUAUUAUGGAAAAUUGCUUCAAGUAGAUCACAAAACUUUAGAAGCAGAUAUAGAUAAUGGCAAUUGUAAUUUAUUUGAAAGAUUUGAUGACAUUACUGAUGAAUCUUUGCCUGUUUCAGCAUCACUAGUUACAAGCUCUUAUUUUAAUAAUGACAAUAGAAGACAAGUUUCUGAAAAUUAUUUUAAUGAAAAUAGUAAAGGUGACAACCUUCAAAAUAGGUUUCACAGUGAGAGAUUAGCAGCUACAUUAAAAAAACAUGCGACAAUGAAUAAAAUUGAGAAAAAGCCGUCAAUAGCGCAAAAGAAAAACCGAAAACGAAAGGAAGUAACAGUUAAUGUUAGUCUUAUUAAAAAUAGGAAUCCUAAAAGGUUUAAAAAGGGUAAAGAUAUAAGUGAAUCAGGUAGUAUUUCGGAUAGUGAAGAAGAUACAAAUAUUUUAUUGGAUGCAGUUCCAAGUGUAAAUGAUGUAUUUAAAGAUUUAGAAAUUAAUCUAAAUUUUGAUGUUAAUGAUCAUAAUAAAAAUAAUGGUAGUCCUAAAUUAGCAAAUAAAAAACAAUCAAGGAUGUCAUUGUAUGAAAAUAAUGACAAUAUAGAAAUCGAAGAAAAUCAUGAGAGUAGCUCUCAAAAUGUAAUAGUUAAUAAUUGUGAAAAUAUACAUCAAAGCUCAAAUUUAAAAGAAAAUGUUGAAUCAAGUAACAUAUCUAAAACAAAUAAACAAAAAAUUCAGAUUGAUGAAAGUAAAGCAUUAAAUAUUUCAAAUAAGUUAAAACAAUUUCAGUUUUCUGAGAAACAUGAUCUUAGUAAGUUCUAUACAGAGAAAAUAAUUAAAAUUGAAUCUGAUGAAACUGUGAUAAAAUUAGAAAAACUUGAUGAAAGUCAUUUAAGUGAAUCAUCAAGAAAGAAGGUUGCAAAUUCACAAAUAUCUAUGUUUGAGAGUUCAGACUGUGAUAUUGAUUUAGAUAUUUAGGUAUAAAUUGUUAAUCAUGCCAUUAAAGUGAUAUUUUGUAUUAAAAUACAUAGAUAUGAUAACAUUAUUAUUAUUUAUUUAUUAAUAUAAAGUUA